GGCGCGCGCAGCCUCCCAGCGCCGCGGCGCUGCCGCAGUUUUCCGCUGUCCGCGGUGCUGAGAGCUGGCGGCGGCGGCGGCGGCGGCGCUGUCCGGCCAACCUGCCGCUCAGGUGAUCGCGGAGCUGGAGGCGGCCGGACCGCGCUGAGCCAGGCGGCGGCGGGCAUGCGACAGGCGGGCGGACGGCGCGCGGGGCUCCGGCCUGCUGGGGCUUCGCUGAGCCGAACGACGUUGCGGUUGCUGUGGCUGUGAGCUUCCCUGUGCCCGCACUAUGCAGAAGGCACUGCGCCUGAACGACGGGCACGCCGUCUACCUGGGGCUGCUGGCCAAGAAGGACGGGGCCCCGCGGGGCUACCUCAGCAAGAGGAGCUCCGACAACACCAAAUGGCACCCCAAGUGGUUCGCCCUCCUUCAGAACAUGCUGUUCUAUUUCGAGAAUGACUCCAGUUCCCGGCCGGCUGGCCUCUACCUGUUGGAAGGGUGCCUGUGCGACAGAGCUCCUUCACCCAAGCCCAAGGAUCCGCUGGAGAAGCAGCAUUAUUUUACGGUUAACUUCAAUCAUGAGAACCAGAAAACUCUGGAGCUGAGAACCGAGGAUGCCAAGGAUUGUGAUGAGUGGGUAGCAGCUAUCAGUCAUGCCAGUUACGGGACUCUCGCCACAGAGCACGAAGCCUUAAUGCAGAAGUACCUCCAUUUACUUCAGAUUGUGGAGACCGAAAAAACAGUUGCCAAGCAACUCAGGCAACAAAUUGAAGAUGGAGAAAUAGAGACAGAGCGCCUGAAAUCAGAGAUGGCCGCCUUACUUAAGGAGCACGAGCGCAUCCAGGCCAACCAGGCCAACGUGCCAAACGACGAUGACAUCGACAUCAAGAAGAUCAAGAAGGUCCAGAGUUUCCUCCGGGGGUGGCUAUGCAGAAGGAAAUGGAAGACCAUCAUCCAGGAUUACAUCCGCUCCCCUCACGCUGACAGCAUGCGGAAGAGGAACCAGGUGGUCUUCAGCAUGUUGGAAGCCGAAGCCGAGUACGUGCAGCAGUUGCACAUCCUCGUCAACAAUUUCCUGCGCCCACUGAGGAUGGCGGCCAGUUCUAAAAAGCCCCCCAUCACGCAUGACGAUGUCAGCAGCAUCUUCCUGAACAGUGAAACCAUCAUGUUUUUACACCAGAUCUUUUACCAGGGCUUAAAAGCACGCAUCUCUAGCUGGCCAACCUUGGUGCUUGCGGAUCUCUUCGACAUCCUCCUGCCAAUGCUCAACAUCUACCAGGAGUUUGUUCGGAACCACCAGUACAGCCUGCAGAUCCUGGCCCACUGCAAGCAGAACCGGGAUUUCGAUAAGCUCUUGAAGCACUACGAGGCCAAGCCUGACUGCGAGGAGCGGACGCUGGAGACUUUCCUGACCUACCCCAUGUUUCAGAUCCCCAGAUACAUCCUGACCCUGCAUGAGCUGCUGGCCCACACGCCCCACGAGCACGUCGAGAGGAACAGCCUGGACUACGCCAAGUCCAAGUUGGAGGAACUCUCCAGGAUAAUGCACGAUGAAGUGAGUGAAACAGAGAACAUUCGGAAGAACUUGGCAAUCGAACGGAUGAUCACUGAAGGCUGUGAAAUCCUCCUGGACACCAGCCAGACCUUCGUGAGACAAGGGUCCCUCAUCCAAGUGCCGAUGUCUGAGAAGGGGAAGGUGACGCGUGGACGGCUGGGCUCCCUGUCCCUGAGGAAGGAGGGGGAGAGGCAGUGCUUCCUCUUCUCCAAGCACCUCAUCAUUUGCACCCGCGGCUCCGGAGGGAAGCUGCACUUGACGAAGAAUGGCGGGGUGAUUUCACUUAUUGACUGCACGCUGGUGGAAGAUACGGAAAGCACGGAUGAGGACCAAAAAGGAUCUGGGCAAGAUACGGAGCACCUUGACUUCAAGAUCGUGGUGGAACCUAAAGACAGUGCCCCCUACACCAUUAUCCUGGUGGCAUCAUCCAGGCAAGAAAAGGCUGCAUGGACCAGCGAUAUCAGCCAGUGUGUAGACAACAUCCGAUGCAACGGCCUCAUGAUGAACGCCUUUGAGGAAAAUUCAAAAGUUUCUGUUCCGCAGAUGAUCAAGUCGGAUACCAGCCUGUACUGUGACGACGUUGACAUUCGGUUCAGCAAGACCAUGAACUCCUGCAAGGUCCUCCAGAUCCGCUAUGCCAGCGUGGGGCGUCUCCUGGAAAGACUGACAGACCUGAGAUUCCUCAGCAUUGACUUUCUCAACACCUUCCUGCACUCUUACCGGGUCUUCACCACAGCUAUGACUGUGUUGGACAAGCUGAUCACCAUCUACAAGAAACCAAUCAGUGCAAUUCCUGCUAGGUCCCUGGAACUUUUGUUUGCCAGCAGCCAGAACACGAAACUCCUCUACGGAGAACCACCCAAGUCUCCACGUGCCAACCGGAAGUUUUCCUCCCCUCCCCCCCUGUCCAUCACCAAGUCAUCCUCACCAAGCCGGAGAAGAAAGUUGUCCUUGAACAUUCCCAUUAUCACAGGAGGGAAGGCCCUGGAGCUGGCCGCCCUGAGCUGCUCUUCCAACGGUUAUGCAAGCAUGUAUUCCUCCACCAUGUCGCCGUUCAGCAAAACCACCCUGGACAUCAACAAGCUUUACGUGUCCAGCAGCUACUCCAAUAAAAUAUCCGAUGAGGGAGAAGGGAGCACAGAAAAGGCAGAGGAAGCACUUCUGAGCAAGACAGGCUCCGAAGAGUCUCCCCGAGAAGAUUCUGCCUUUGAGGCAGCCCAGAGUGAGGAGGCAGACCCAGAGGCAUCACCCACCAAGUCUCCAACCACACCAAAACUGGUCAGAGGCAAGAACUCUUCAGAGUUCCCUUUGUUCUCCUACAACAAUGGAAUGGUGAUGAGUUCUUGCCGAGAGUUGGAGAACAGCCGCAGCAGCGCUCUCUCGGCCGCUUCUGCGUUCGCCAUUGCCACUGCCGGAGCCAACGAGGGUACCCCGACCAAGGAGAAGUACCGCAGAAUGUCGUUGGCCAGCCCAGGCUUCCCUUCUGACCAAAGGAACAGUGACAAAGAGUUCGUGAUCAGGAGGGCGGCAACCAACCGGGUGUUGAACGUCCUGAGGCACUGGGUCUCCAAACAUGCCCAGGACUUUGAAACCAACGAGGAACUCAAGUAUAAAGUGAUCAGCUUUCUGGAGGAAGUGAUACACGACCCAGAACUCCUGACUCAAGAGAGAAAAGCCGCCGGCAACAUCAUAAGGACCCUGACCCAGGAUGACCCCGGAGACAACCAGAUCACCCUGGAAGAGAUCCUGCAAAUGGCUAUGGGGGUCAAGGCUGAACCCUUUGAAAAUCACUCGGCUUUAGAAAUAGCUGAGCAGCUCACCUUAUUGGAUCACCUGGUCUUCAAAACAAUACCCUAUGAAGAAUUCUUUGGACAAGGAUGGAUGAAGGUGGAAAAGAACGAGCGAACGCCCUAUAUCCUGAUGAACACAAAGCACUUCAAUGAUAUCAGCAACCUGAUCGCCUCUGAGAUCCUCUGCAGUGAGGACAUGGCUGCCCGGGUGAGCACAAUCGAGAAGUGGGUGGCCGUGGCUGACAUUUGCCGGUGUCUGCACAACUACAAUGCCGUUCUGGAGAUCACCUCGGCCUUCAACCGCAGUGCCAUCUUCCGCCUGAAGAAGACAUGGAUGAAGGUGUCAAAGCCGACCAAAGCUGUGAUCGACAAGCUGCAGCGGCUGGUAUCUUCAGAAGGACGGUUUAAAAACUUGAGGGAAGCUCUGAAAAAUUGUGACCCUCCUUGCGUCCCUUACCUGGGCAUGUACCUCACGGACCUGGCGUUCAUUGAAGAGGGCACUCCCAAUUACACCGAGGACGGCCUGGUGAACUUCUCCAAAAUGAGGAUGAUCUCCCACAUCAUCCGAGAGAUCCGGCAGUUUCAGCAGACGGCUUACAAGAUCGAGCAUCAGGCCAAGGUCACUGAGUACCUCCUAGAUCAGUCGUUUGUGAUGGAUGAAGAGAGUCUCUAUGAUGCGUCUCUAAAGAUAGAGCCAAAGCUCCCCACCUAAGAACACAGCAGCUGCAGCCACCAGCCCGGCACCCAGAGAUGUGUCUUGCCUCUCCUCUCUGUUUCUUGACUUCCUCCCACCGCCUUUCCUCCCCCCUCUCUCCCCCCCACUACUCAUUCUUUGCACUGUCAACGAGCAGGCUUGAUUUUGAUCAAACCAAUUUUCUUCUCUGUUGACUCUUUGGGGGCAACCGGACUGGAGGGAUUCAAGACGGGGUGCUGGGGGCCAGGCACCUCACUUGCCCUGGAGCCCCAACUUACUUUGGCCCUGAUGCCCCUGUAGUGUGGAAAACUCAGCCGCCACCUGAGCUACUCUGGACAUUCUUCAGCUUUUCCAGAGCAGCUUUGAUGGGAUCCAUUUUCCCAGGAUCGUUGUGUUCUCUUCACUGCCCAAGGCAGGCAGGGUGGCAGGAGACACAGGCAGGAGGCACCCGUGGUUGGCUUGGAAGGAGCCUGAAGCUGGUCCACACCUCCCGUCCGUAUUGGGGAUACAUCUCUUUGGGGGCCCUCUCCGAAGUUCCUGGGGCCGGUUGGCUUGUGCAAAAAAGCUCGGGUUCUGGGCCUCAUAUGGCAGCCCUGGGGUGGAGGGGGGGCGUGAAGGCCAUUUGGAUUUCCUGCCUUAGGCCCUGAGAGGGAAAGGCCCUCUGUCCCUUUGAGCAUUUCUGCUGCAUCCCCCACUUUGGCGCUUCUGUCUGUAUGCUUCGUUGUAGACAUAGUGACAUGUCUUAGUAACAUGGUGUACAAUUAGAGGGGGAAAUGGCCAGGUGUUUUUAUUACAUAUACUGUAAUCCUGUCUAACCACUUGCUAGCAGGAAUAUAGUAAUGUAGUGCUUAUUCUGUGAAUAUUAUCAUGUAUUUUUUACAGUGUACAGUGUAUAAACCCAAGUGAAUUUUUGAGUAGCAGGCAUGCUCUAUGGGAACUAAAUUCAGAAACCAUUUGCUGUAAGCAAUACCCUCUGGUAUGAGAAUUGUCUUUCAAGACCUGAAAUAUUUCAACCUGCAGCUUAUUUGGAAAAGAAAAUUUCCAUUUUUUUGUAAAAAUAUAUGUUUCCUGAUUACCUCUUGCUAAUAAAUCUAUUCUAUCUCAGGGUGAA